UUUCCUUGUCUUUAUCGUUGCAACCCAACACUUUGGGUCAAGGACCAAUAAUAUAUAGAGUUGAUAUCAGAUAGAGCCAGAGAGAUGGUGGAGUGGAGACCGAUAAUCUUGACGGAGCCGGAGGCCAAUGACGUGUUAAGGCAAGUCCAAUCCAAAGGGGUGACGAUCGCUCUAGAUGGAUUAUCUCGCGCAAAAGCCGUCGAGGCUAUCGAUUCGUUCCUCAAACAAUACAAGGAAUGCUUUUGGACAAUAGUGAUCAGCGAGAUUACCUUUGCGAUCAGAGAAGAGCUCCUAAAAUCUAGGAAUGUGAUCGACGUAAAGUUGGUUAGAGAAGUUGUCGAGUAUCUUUCAAACCGCCGCCGCGGCGUGGAGAAGAAGAAGAAGGACGAAGGUUCGGCGGAUGAGGAGGGUUCGAGCUCGGAGGAGGGCUCGGGCUCGGGCUCGGGGGAGGGGGAGGAGUCUGAAGAUGAAGAAGAUUCGGAUCAGGAUUUGAAAAAGGAAGAGGAAUCGGAUGAGGAGAUAGAUGAUUUAAAAGAUGAUCCAAUAACGAGACAAGAAUGCAUCGAGGAUUUGUUGGCACUGUCCAGGGAGAAGGGAUUGAGUGUGAAAGAAGGCGAGGAGGAUGAGAUCCUGGAUAUGAUGAUUCCCUACCUCCGCGGAUGCCUUAUGUAUACCAAGGGCAUCAUGUUUUUCCUGAAAAGGGUGAGAGAGCAUAUCGAUAGGUGUAGCACCCUCAACGAUUUGGAGACGGUGAAGGCCGCCCUCGAGAGUAGCAUUUUUCGUGAAGAAUAUGAGGACUGGAAAAAGGACAAGAGGGAGGGGGAUAUGGCUGAUGCUGAGGACCAAGUUAAUCAACUGUUAAAAAAGAAUAUGGGACCAACUGAAGAAGAAGGGAUUGCUGCCCCCGUGAACCAGAUAGAAGAAGAAAAAAGGGUAUGUAGAGAUAUAACGGAAGUUGAAGAAAAGGAGACUUUGACCCCCUUGAACCUGCCAGAACAAGCAAAAGAAAGUAUGGGCAAUGCUUAUUCCUGCAUCAAAGAAAGUUUGGAAAGGGGUGGAGCUAAUAAGAGAAAGCUUGCUCAGAUCUAACCCGGUUGUAGAUUCUUAUUUGUUUCCAAGAUUGGGCAAAGGUUCACUGUAACCUGCAGUGUACGCGUUGGUGUUGUUGCCUUUGGAGUCGGCACUGCAUCCAGGUGUAUAUGCAAAGGACGCAUUGACACAUUCCAGUUGUUGC